AUGGCCGCCGGGGCAUUGGCGGUGCUGCUGUCCUGUCUGAGCUGCUGCGGCUCGGCUCUGUGGAGAUAUCAUGCUGCCAGCCCAAACUACCGCAUUUUUAGUACCAGAACUACUAUUACAUUAGAGUAUGAAGGAACAUUAUUUUCUGAGUGGAGUGUGCCAGAAACUUGUUCUAUUAAAGAUAAACGUUCGCCGAAGACAGAGCUGCGCUGUUCUACUCCAGGCUUUCAGAAUAUAAAACCAAUUGUUACAGGGCCAGAUUUAGAAGACGAACGCUAUUUAUUUGUGGACAGUACUAACAUUUGCUUUCUGUGGUAUCGUAAAAUUGCUCAAUACUAUAACAAUUUCACCCAGGUUAUCACGAUAUGGGUAUACGAUCCAGAAAAUGCUGACCCAGAUGAAUUGCAAUUGAAAGCAGAUGCACCAUCACUAAAUUCCUAUGUACUUACAAGGCAGAUGGCUACUUUGGGACAGAGGCCAAGCAUACAUACACUUCUGAAGAGAAAAGUUUAUCUUUCAGAUGAAAAACUGAAGGAUGGGGCCUGGCAUAUCUCAAUACCAAUGACAUCAAUGGAUACAAUAAAAGAUAUCAGAGGAAAUCAGGUGACUUUUCAAGAUUGCUUUGUUUCAGAUGUCCUUUUCCUGCUGGGUUUUCCUCGGUUGACAAUCCCUGAGACUCCUGGCUUUUUACCAAUCUCUUCACCACUUGGCAGUCAGUUAAUGAUAGUCUCGUCUGCCUGUGUUCCAUCAUCUAUUGUUCUGGUAGCCCAUAUGGAGACCUUUCAAACCAACGAUUCAUUUCGCACUUGGACAACAAUCAGAGUGCCUCCAGGCAUCCUGACUGACGAAGAAAGAAGCAAUGUGUCUGGUGUGAGCCUAUCCCCUGAUGGAGUAUUUUUUUUAAUCAAUGGUAUCCUCUAUCUAAAAAAUAUUACCACAUUUGUAAAACUGGGAAGCAAGGAAAAUCUUCCUGAUGGUGGAAUUAUUGGCAUUACAACAAGAAAAUGGUGUUGGAUGAACUAUUUAUUGAAGGCUAAUAAAAGAAGCAACUUGGCAAUCUGGACAAGAGAUGCAAUUUAUCUUGGAUAUGAUUCUCUUGAAUUUGUCGAAAUAAUAAAUAUAAAAAAAGUGAGGGAAACUAUAUAUAUACCCUCAACUGCUACUGUGCGUAUACACAGUAUUGUGUAUACAGCACAUCCUUUAGAAUUUGGCAUGUUUUUAAGUUACUGUAUUACAUGUAAUGUCAUGAAACAAAUUUACCUAGGGAUAUAUAAUGAAGAUUCGGGACAGUGGAUGCUCAAAGACUUUUCAUUAAAUGUCACAAUGGACACUUUUAUAACUCCACAUUUUGUAUUUUCAUCAAUGCCAGAAUUAAUACUAUGGGACAAACACAGGAUCUACUAUUCUUAUCACAAUUUCUCUGCUAAUGGAGUUAUACAGACACCUACAGAAUUUGGGAAUCUUUCAAAAUUAUCAGAUGACAGUGUUAUUCAUGAUGUUUAUUUAGAUUACUAUGGAAAUAUCUUGGUAAAAAUGGAAAAUAAUAACUUGUUUUUUUUCAAGAUUUAUGUUAGAGAUGCAGUGAAGCUACCUUUAUGGACAAACAAAGCAACAAAAACACAAUUUUUUUUGAAUUCAGUUAGUCAAGUAAAUUUUGUAAGUGUUUUUGAAAAUGGCACACUAGAUGUACAGGAAUUUCCCUUAAGUCUGGAAAUACGAAGUGCAACUUACAAAACAAAAGAAAAAUGCCCCUUUGUGGCAUUCCAUAAUAAUAUUGAUCGUGUUUUUUACAUCUUGGACAAAAAAAAGAAACUGUUAAUUUGGGCUCAAAUAGUCUACCCAGAAAAUAAAGGUUUGUAUAUUAUUAUGGAACUUUAUGGACCAAAACUAUUAGAAUACAAAUUCCAUAAUAAGUAUGAAAUUGCUUCAGGAUUCUGCACUAAAACCAUGGACAUAAUGCUUUAUCAGACUGUAAAUUAUGAGGCAGUACAUGAUUACUUCAAGCUACAAGACCAGAACAUGGGUCACAUGGUUAUCCAGGUGAGGCCCAGUGAAUUUGAAAAAACAUGCCCAACACCCCCAAGGGUGUUCCAAGUAGCUGUUGGCUGUGAUACCAGCAAAUACAUUGUGGUUAAAGGAUUUGAUUACAACGAUUGUCCUCGGCAUGAUUUCUUCUACAUUAUUGAAAAGUCAUAUCUGAGGCAUCAACCAGAUAAAAACUUGAGAGUAAAAUAUAGUUGGAAAAAAUAUGGCUGCCCAUUAAAAGUUGAUUUCAGAACAAAUUUUCACCCUUUGCUUGAACUACACAAUGAAAACGGCUACAUCGAAGACGUGGAAGUAAAUUUCAUCGUGUGGGAGAUCCACGGCAGGGAAGACUACAGCUUUAACAUCACGAUGCAGAAGAGUGGUUGUUUAAAUGAGGCCCAGACGUGGAAGUCAAUGACCACACUUAACAAGCACCUCCCGUUAGAAGAAGCUUGGGGACCUCAGAAUUAUAAGCACUGUUUUUCUUAUGCUAUUGGGAAACCUGGCGACUUGAGUCAACCCUACGAGAUUAUCAACAAGUCUAACCGGAACCAUUUGGUUUGGCCUAUGCACCGUACUGGAAUGUAUGUGUUUCGAGUGAAGAUCCUGGAUCCAAACUAUAGUUACUGUAACCUAACAGCUCUCUUUGCAAUAGAGACCUAUGGAAUGAUUCCCAGUCCAAAUGGCUACCUGGUUUUUUCUGUCCUCUUUCUCCUGAUGCUACUGUUCUGCAGUAUUCUAACUUUUAGCUACUUCCAUUACAUGAGGAUCUACAAACAUCUUUAUGGACCAACUGACAAAAGAAAACAGAAGAAUAAUUAG